AUGCCCAAGGUCUCUCCAUGGAAGAAACGAAGUGACGGCCUCUGGAGCCGGCCGCUCAUCGGACCCGAGCGCAUGUUCGACCAGUGGCUCGAGGACGACGGCUGGACAGAAUGGAUGGGCGCUGUCAUCUUCACAAUUUCUCCGUCUUACGCGUCCCAGAUGAACAGCGAAGCCCAUGUUGAGGCUUGGUUCAAAGAAGCAGUAUCGCGCGUUUGUCUUGAGAAGCCUUCCCUCCUGGCAGUCAUUGAGCGUGGCCAGGAAGAGUCGGCGGUUGCAAAGUCUCGAGACUUCGUCUACCCUCAAGAGGGCUUGAAGCUACUCACGGACGACUUCUACUCGACCCCAGAGAAACGCAUCAGCCUUGAGCUCGGAGACCAUUUGAUCCACGUGUCGCUUGUUUUUUCGUCCUCUGAGGCGGGAAACUUCGCCCUUGCAAUCCGCUGCAACCAUGCAUUAAACGAUUUCUGGAGCGGCGCGGCUAUUCUCAACAACCUUCUCAGCAACCUCGCAGACGGCCUGAGUACCACCACAGUACUAUCACUUUCAUACAAAGAUGCAUCUCACUCUUUGCUACACCCUUGCUAUCUCGAUUUUCUCCGUGAUCCUAUUGGAGAUACUCCAUUGGCUCUUGAGUCUCAAGAAAAGGCAGCGCAGCUUCUUGGCGCCAAUCUCGCCAAUAUCACUCUCUGCCCUAUCUCGCAAGAACCAGCAAAAGACCGACCUGACACCGACUAUUCCGUGAGAAGGCAGAUGUUGUCGCAAGAGACGACGCAAAAAGUCUUUAAGCUCUGCAAGGAGCAUGGAGUUACUGUAACGGCACUAUUGACGGCCUUGCAAGCGCUUGCACUCCUCAAAACCUUUCCUCCUGAAGAUGCGACCCGAACGACGGCGGCACCUAUCUGUGUGAGCAACAGGCUGCGGCAGACAUCUUUCGGUGGCAGUCAGGGUCAUUCGGCUUCUACGAAGACUAGAUUGAGCGAGAUAUGUCAAGAGGCAGCCUACAUCGGGCCCGUUAUGGCGACUACUUUCCUUGUGUCUCCCUUUGACGUGGGUCCAUAUCUCAGCAACAAGGAUGCUUCCAUUGGGGACGAGACCUGGAGAAAGAUUGUUUGGGGAGUUGCCCGAAAUGUUGGUCAAGCAACUGAUGAGGCGGUCAAUAGCAACUUGAGUGAGCAUGUGGAUUGGACUCAAGGCCCAGCUGCGUUUGGUGGUGUUGCGCAUGCAAUGGAAGCGAUGAAAGCCGGGCUACUGCCUUCGCAAGUCUCCUCGGCAUUGCGCCAUCAUUAA